UGUGUUAUGGUCAGAACCAAUGCAGUUCUCCGCCAUGUCUGACGACCAAAUUAUUGACGCUGUUAAUCGAGCGGGUACUGCCUUUGGAGCCAGUGUCCCCGACGUUCCGCUUGACGACAUGAUGAGCUGGGACUGGCUCGACAUGGGCAAUCCAGAAUUCAAUUUUUGACAGUUUGAGCAGAGUGGGUGAUACUAGUGGACACUAUCAAGCCGUAUGGAGGUACGUAGUAGCAUUAGUAUUCACUGCUGGUGAAGCCAAGGAGUUUGUGGGGGCAAGAAAGGGCUCCCCACACGUCGGCGUCUAGAAGUAGCCCCGAGCGCCGACAGGACCUUUGUUAAAUAGCGAGACGUCAUCGCCGCAAUUCUUUUCGAAACUCUUGCGACCGUUUUAUUUCUUCUUAAUAAUAAUCUCACCGAAUAUAAUUUUCGAGUGACAUGGCGACGCUCAGAGUUACGGCGCUGACUUUGUCCCGGAAGGCAACAAGUGUUGCUCGGGCUCAACUAUGCUUCCGUGCGUGCCAGAGGACAUGGGCUCGACCAAGCUCGCCUACAGCCCUCGCGAAAUAUUCCACUGCGACCACAACGAUUGAGAAGCCAUCUCGUGCUCCAAUCGUUGACCGCGCAGCUUCGAAGCUAUUCAAGAAUGCUGACGAUGCUGUAGCUGACCUCAAAAGCGGGUCAACUAUUCUAAGUUCCGGCUUUGGCCUCUGCGGGGUUGCAGACACAAUUAUAUCUGCAAUUGGCCGACGAGGGGCUGAUAACAUUCACUCCCUAACCGCAGUCUCAAACAACGCCGGUGCCCCUGGUAGAGGUGGACUUUCUACCCUGACACAUUCUGGACAAGUGAAUCGGCUCAUCAUAUCGUACCUUGGAAACAAUAAAGCGCUAGAGCAAAAGUACCUCACAGGAAACAUUGCUAUUGAGCUGUGCCCCCAAGGAACUCUGGCAGAGCGCCUGCGCGCCGGAGGAGCUGGGAUACCUGCUUUCUACACUGCCACUGGAGCUCACACGUUCCUCCAAGAUGGCAAGAUUCCAGUACGCCUCGAUGCGUCAGGCAAAGUGUUGGAACAAGGCAAGCCCCGAGAAACAAGGGUUUUCAACCAGAAGAAAUAUUUGAUGGAAACUGCUCUUACCGGAGAUGUUGCUAUUCUACGAGCGUGGAAGGCAGACGAGGCUGGGAAUUGUGUUUUUCGCUACACUACAAAAGCAUUCGGUCCUAUCAUGGCAAAGGCAGCCGCCCUUACUAUCGUUGAGGCGGAGAACAUUGUCCCGGUCGGUUCUAUCGAUCCUAAUGAUGUUGACCUACCCGGUAUUUUCGUGAACAGGAUAGUGCCCGCGACAGCCAAGAAGAACAUUGAGAUUCUGAAGCUGCGGGAACCAAAGGAAGAUGUUUCAGCAGCAUCGAAUGGGUCUCCCGCCAUCAUUCAAAGAAACCGAAUCGCCAAGAGAGCAGCAAAGGAACUCAAACAAGGAUAUUAUGUGAAUCUGGGAGUUGGUAUUCCUACACUUGCACCGUCGAUGUUGCCUGAGGAUGUUAAAGUAUGGAUUCAGUCUGAAAACGGAAUACUUGGAAUGGGGCCGUAUCCUACCGAAGAUGAAGUUGAUGCGGACAUUAUAAACGCCGGAAAAGAGACAGUAACGCUGAAUCCAGGCGCUGCAACCUUCGAUAGCACUGAAUCAUUUGGGAUGAUUCGUGGUGGACACGUAGAUGUCUCUAUUUUGGGGGCUCUCCAAGUGAGCGCAAACGGCGACUUAGCAAACUACAUGAUUCCUGGGAAAGUCUUCAAGGGAAUGGGCGGAGCUAUGGAUCUGAUAUCCAACCCCGACCAAACUAAGAUUGUUGUUGCCACAAGCCACACAGCAAAGGAUGGCUCAUCCAAGAUCGUCUCAGAAUGUGCCCUCCCUCUAACUGGAGCCAACUGCGUCAGCACGAUCAUCACGGAACUGUGUGUAUUCCAAGUGGAUCGCCAGAAAGGCGAGCUCACUCUGACCGAGCUCGCACCUGGGGUAGAGGUUGACGAGGUCCGGGCGAAGACGGAUGCUCCGUUCCAUGUUGCGGACAAGCUAGAGAUUAUGGAGUAGAUCCUCAUGGAAUGGAUUUUAGUUAUACCCUGUUAUAUAGAGUAAAUACAUUUACUUUGAUGUUCAAUAGAAACAUUUCCUUUUUGAAGCACGGGGGAC